AUGGCCCUGGCAGCAUCAUCAGGAGGCACACACCAAGUGACAAUCCAUGUUGCUCUUCAUCACCUUAAACCUGAAGGCAAGUUAGGGACAGUAUUGGUUGGUAAUAUUGAACAUAAUGUGUGUAUUGCACUUAAUGUCACAUUGACGGAGCUUCAGUCUAUUGCCUGCAACCAGCUCGAUCCAUUAUGGGCUGAAUGGUCACACAAUCACUCACUGUCUCUGUAUAGCUUGGAGAUACACAAGUCCCCAAAAAUGCUUUUGUAUGAUCCAUGGCAGCCAUCCCUUAAUGCUGAUGAGCCAGUCCUUCGAGAGUUCUUCCUCUGA